AUGUAUGACGAUCCACGUACAAAAGCUCGAUCUUUUCUUGAAUCAUCUUCUAUUAUAUCAGAACUUGAAGAUGUUCUCAAUCAUCUUGUUUAUGAAAAACCAGAUGAUCUUAAUGGUUAUAUUGCCAAUCAUUUUUUGGGUCAAAGCAAACAACCACAAAUUAUUAAUUUAACUUUAAAACGAUUAAUAGGUCCUGCUGAUGAACCAGCCAUACAUAUCGAUCUUACAAUUGCACUUAGAAAUAGAACUGAACGAUAUAAUGGAAUUACAGUAAAUUUAUUAUCAGGUAAAUUGAAUAAUCUAACAAUCAAACAAUUAGAAGCCUUGGUCAAUUCAUCAUCAUUAGAAACAAUUCUUAACCGUAUAGAUUUAUUCGAUCAAAUAACAAUUGAUAAUCUUCUUGUAGACUUUCGUUCAAAACAUGCAGAUAAAAUGGCAAAAUUAGCAGCAAUUGAAUCAGAAAAUUCUAACGGUGAACCAACUUCUGAUGUUGCACAAGUUAAAAUAUCAACAAAUGCACGUCCACCUACAGGUGCUGGUGCAGCUAAAGCAGGUGUAGCUCCAACACCAAGUAAAAAAGGAGCCGGUAAAGAUCUUCAACCGAUUGAAAUUAUUCCUGAUGAACCUGAACCAUCAUCAUUUGCUGGUCAAUUAUUAAUUACAAGUAUAUCAUUAACUUGUUGUUUAAUAACUACUGAAAUAAAACAAUCAAAUUUAUUUCGUCUUAUUCAACUUUCAUCUAUUACAAAUCUUUCUAUGCCAUUACCAAUUAUACCUAUUCUUCAAAGUGGACCAAUAUAUCCGGGUAAACAAUCAUUAAUUAAAUAUUUUAUGCUUAUACCAACACCUCAUAUAAUACAUAAUGAAGAGUGGAUACAUAAAGUGCAUAAUAUUCUACAAUUUUUACGUGAUUCAUUAACAAAUGCAAAAGGAGCAACCCUUCAAUCAACUUAUUCUACUGAUGAUGGAUGUCUUGUUUUUCCAAUGGAUAAACCUGAACAAGGAUUUGAUUUAAUUCAAAAUGCUAUUAAUAGUGUAUGUGGUACUGAUGAACAUUGGUUUGAUUAUGCUAUACAAAUGGGACCAUAUGAAACAUUUGAUUAUACACGUGGUAGAUAUGAAGUAACAACAGGUGUUGUAAAAUCACCUGAUGAAUUAGUUGAUGUUUAUGUUGAUUUAAUUGAUACUUAUUCUCGGUGUAUUAUGUUAAUUGAUCCAUUUCGAUAUGCUGACAAAUCAUCAUUAUCUCGUUUAUGUGAUCGAAUAUCAAAUAAAUGCUAUAUAACAUCAACUGAUAUACGUCGUUAUCAAAAUGAUAAUAAUGAUGAUAAUAAUACAAUUAAUUGUCAUUUAUUAUCGUUAGAUAGUGCUCCAACAAUAACUGAAUUGAUACAACGAAUGAAUACAUUACAUGAACUUAAUAGUUAUGCUUUGGGAUUAUUUGAACGAGAUCAUCAAGAAGUAGCACAAGUUCAUUUAGCAGAUCUUGCUGUUGGUUUUGGUUGUCGUUUUAUAAAACUUCCGGGUCUUCUUUCAUUAGGUGGUCAACGAACAUCUGCUAUACUUCAACGUCUUUCAAUAAUUCGUGAUGAAAUUGAAAUAAAUGAUAAUGAACAAUUUGCACGACCUAAUCAACAUGAAUUUAUUCAUAUACGAUCACCAAUUGAUUUAACAGAACAAGAAAGAAUUAUUUCAGAUGUUGAGUAUGCUGCAGCCGAAAUUCUUGCUAUCAAUGCAGGUCAUUAUAUUCGUUUUGCUCUCGAUAAACCAGUAUUACGAUUAUAUACAGUGAUCUAUUCAACAGCUUGGUAUUGGAUAGUAUGGCUUGCUGAUGUUGCUUUAUUAUUAUUACCAUGUAUUGAACGACCAGCUUAUUUUAAAGAAGUUCCUGCAUGGGUAGCUUUAAUUAUUGAAAUAAUUGCUUUAUCAAUACUUUUGGCUUCAUUUAUUUUAUCAAUGCGUUUACAAGAUAAACGAAAAUUAUUACGUGAAGCUGUUUUUCCAUAUAUAUUUGCAGGUGUUUUUUUGUUAACAACUAUUGAUAUGAUUAUUUAUUAUAUAUUGAUAUUCAAUGGUCAUUAUUAUGUACGAUGGUCACGUCCACUUCGUGUUCUUUUUCCAUUUGCUUUACAAGCUGGUCAAAAUAUUCGUCGUGUUAUUCGAAAUAUUCUUCGAACAUUACCAAAUAUAGGUAAUGUGAUGUUUCUAUUUCUAUUUUCGGUAUUAACAUUUACUUUACUUGGUGUUGGUAUUUUAAAAAAUAAAAAAUUAAUGUAUCCAAAUAAAAGUGAAUAUUUUACACAUUACUUAGAUACUGCUUGGGAUUUAUAUGUACUUACAACAACAGCAAAUAAUCCUGAUGUUAUGAUGCCAGCAUUUAAUUCAAGCAUACUCUAUGUGAUCUUCUUUGUGGCUUAUCUAUUAGUCAAUCUUUAUUUAUUUAUGAACUUACUUUUAGCCGAAGAAAAACAAUUAAUUCAUAAACGUCAAUUAGAUACACUGAUGAUUAUGUUUGAACGUUUAACAAAACAUAAUUCAAAUCGUUGUAUAUCAUAUGAAACAUAUACAUGUUUAAUGCGUGCAAUAAAACCUCAUAUAACAGAACAUAUAAUUGAUGCUUAUUGGAAAACAUUAAAUAUAACUAAUAAAGAAGAUGGAUUAAAUGUUAAACAAUUCAAUGAACUUUUAUUGAAUCUUAAUUUUGAAUUAAGACAACGAAGUGCUGAUCAAACAAUACUUCAAAAACAAUGUCCAUCAAUUUAUAAUUCAAAACCAAGUCGAAUUAUUAUUGAUUUUGUUAAUACAGAUCUUUUUCGAGCUAUAAUUAAUUUAUUAAUUGUUGGUAAUGCUAUAUGUUUAGCAGCAAGUUAUAAUGAUUUAGAAUGGUUUUUCUUAUCAUUAUUUAUUGUUGAAGCUUUAUUAAAAAUGUAUGCUAUUGGUGUAAAAGAAUAUUUUCAUCAUCGAUGGAAUAUAUUUGAUUUUACAAUUGUUUUUGUAUCAACAACUUAUAGUCUUCUAACAGCUAUUAUUAAAUCAUUAAGUCUUAAUCGAGAUGUUCUUGAUGCUAUUUUAGUUAUUCGAGUAUUACGUCUUGUUAAAAUUGUUGGAAAUGUUGAACGAUUUAAAGUUAUUUUUGGAACAUUUUCAAAAGUUAUUCCAACAUUAAUAACUUAUCUUCGAGUGAUGUUUAUGACUUAUUAUGUAUUUGCAAUGAUUGGAAUGGAAAUAUUUCAAAAUAAAAUAGUGCAUUUAGAUUCAAAUUCUACAUCUGCUGAAUUUUGUAAUGAUACUCGACUUAAUGGUUCAGAUUUUGCAAAAGCUCAAUAUUGUCGAAAUAAUUUUAAUGAUUAUUUGUCAUCGUUGAUUCUUCUUUUCGCAUUAACUGUAGUAAAUCAAUGGCAUGUAUUGGCUUCUGGUUUUGUUCUUGUAACCAGUAAAGUGGCACGUCUUUUCUUUCUUGCCUUUCAUCUAUGUGCUGUAAUUGUGGUACUCAAUAUUUUUACUGCAUUUGUUAUUGAUUCUUUUCUUAAUCAAUAUAUAUUAUCAAAGAGUAAGGAAUUUCCAUGGAUGGAACAAGAAAAUGUAAUUGCUGAGAGACUUACUCAACAAGGUUAUCGAAUCAUUCGAAGAUAUGAUAAUACAAAACAAUCGGAAGGAGGUACAAAGAAAAAAUUUAAUUUAUUAGAAAAACUUCGAGCAUUUGUACAACCAUCUAUUUAUCGUCGUAUGACAGUUAUUCUUCAAACUAUGGCCGAUGAUGAACAUGCUUUGCUUCUUCAGUGGCGUGGUGAUGUAGAUAUUGAUCCUGUUGCUUUGCUGAAUUUGACAAAUGAUUCAUCUUGA